GUCUUUCUGCAACAAGUGUUGUGACAUCAGGCACAGAGGACGUUACACCUGCAGGCGAUAACAAGUCAGACCCAAGUGGAGAUCAGCUUUGUAAGGGAAACUUAUUGCGGCAGAUCAUCUGUCCUUGUCCCGACAACUACAGAUGGAGCACAGCAACUCAACUGUUUGUCCAUCCAUCGACGACUUCCGUAAUCAGGUUUACUCCACAUCCUACUCCCUCAUCACCGUCUUCGGCCUGGCUGGGAACGGCUUCGCCCUAGUGGUGCUGAUCAUAAUGUACCACCAGUAUUCUCCUUUCAAUGUCUACAUGCUGAACCUGGCUGUGUCCGACCUGCUGUGUGUUAGCACUCUGCCUCUGCGGGUUCUUUACUACGUGAACAAGGGCCAGUGGAACCAGGGCGAUUUCCUGUGUCGCAUCAGCUCCUACACACUCUAUGUCAACCUCUACUGCAGCAUUUACUUCAUGGCGGCCAUGUCCAUCACACGCUUCGUUGCCAUUGUCUUCCCUAUGCAGAGCAUUCAACUGGUGACAGUGAGCCGUGCACGUCUGGUGUGUGUGAGCAUUUGGAUUUUUAUCUGUCUUGCCUCCUCACCCUUCUUGAUGACAGGACAGAAAGUUGACCCAAUCACCAACAAAACAAAGUGCUUUGAGCCUCCGCAAGGUCAAGGCUUGUCCAAGCUGGUCAUACUGAAUAAUUUGUCUUUGGUGUUGGGUUUUCUCCUGCCCUUCCUGGUCAUCCUGAUCUGCUACACUGGCAUUAUCCGCACCCUCCUGACUCGCACUCCAAUGGCCAGGUCCCAGCAGGAUGCAAGCACCAAAGCAAUUCGUAUGAUUGUCAUCGUCCUUUUGACUUUCUUAAUAAGCUUCCUGCCGUACCACGUGCAACGCUCCAUCCACAUAAACUCAUUGUCACGGGCUGACAUUUCUUGCACUGAAAGGGUUGCCCUGCAGAAGUCAGUUGUGGUGACACUGUGCCUGGCCGCAGCCAAUUCAUGCUUUGAUCCGCUGCUUUACUUUUUCUCUGGGGAAGGUUUCCGCAGGCACCUGUCCUCCAUGCGCCUGUCACGGACAACCAGCACACAGACACGCUCAUUGAGGCUUAAUGCUGCUGGCAUAGAGCCUGGCGACAACGGACAGGUGUGCGCUACUUAAUUUAUACAAAACAGCAGCACUGUCAAAUACGGGGAACAAAAACAUUUUUUGGAGGGCUUAUAAUCCCCAGAAUUAGGCCAUUUUAUUGGUAGAAAACCCAUUUUAUUUGCCCUGUAGUGAUAACGCUUCAGUUACACAAAAAGUAGUGAAAGGGAAAUUUCAACUUACCUUUACUCACAAAUGACAAAUCAAUAGGAGCUUAUCAACCCAAAGGCCUACCUCACUCGCGUGCAAAUAAAAAUAACAAGUAACACAUGUUGAACACGCAAUGUAACCGCAUCACACAGACAAUGUGGGGAUUGAAAAAGGCUCUUACACGCCAAUAUACAUGCAAACGAAUAAAAAUGUAUAACUCGCAAGGCAUGCUGGGAAGCCCACGUACACACUACCACAGCAAGCAAGCCUUGUGGGUUAUACAUGAGUAUAAAAUAGUAUUGUUUUACAUGUAUAUUAGUGUAUAAGCAUUUAUAUAGCAUUUAUUUCAUAGUCCGUGUGGUGCGGUUACAUUUCAUGUUCCACAUGUCUCACUUGUUAUUUUUGGUUGCACCGUGUGCGAGGGAGGCGUUUAGUGUCUAAAUAGAUAUUUUUAUGGACUGAGAAUGUGCAUCUGAUCUAAUCUAAUCUGCUUUUGGAGAAUUUUUGUCAGUGAAAUGAAUAAAAGCUAAAUACAUAUGAAUGACGUAAGCCUGGCUGAAUGAUUGUAAAGUAUAGCAUUUUCAUGGGAUGCCAUUUGAUUGUGGUAUGUCUUCACCCCAAUUGUGUACUUUAUUAUUUGAAGAAAAAUUGCUUCAUUUUCUCCACAGGUGUCACAGAAGUGUGCUGUUUUUCCCAAUAAUCACACAUUAAUAACAUUAAUCAGCAGCUAACGUUUCAUCUAGAUGUAGCCAGCGUUUUGGGGAUUUUGUCUUCAUUCACCACCACAAUAGAUUUUAAAUAAAACAAUAAACGUGAUUAAACUAUAAGUUUUUGGCUCAAAUGUAAGAGGUUUCAC